AUGUCUCUCGGUCGCACAGUAAAGCUCAACACCGGCGCCUCCAUCCCCCAAUUGGGUUUUGGAACAUGGCAGGCUGAGCCCGGUCAGGUUGAGGCCGCCGUCUACGAGGCUCUCAAGGCUGGCUACAAGCACAUCGAUCUGGCCAAGGUCUACGGCAAUCAGAAGGAGAUCGCACAGGCUUUCAAGAAGGCUUUUGCUGAGGGCAUCAAGCGCGAGGACAUCUUCAUCACAUCCAAGCUUUGGAACUCGCAGCACAAGCCCGAGGAUGUUGCACCUGCGCUUGAUGACUGCCUUGCUGAGCUUGGUCUCGAUUACCUUGAUCUGUACCUUGUCCACUUCCCUGUCGCUUUCGAUCAGGAGAAGGAUGUCCAUCAGAACCUUUUCCCUCUUCAGGAGGAUGGCGACGUCAAGAUGCUCGAUUCAGUCUCUAUUGUUGACACAUGGAAGGCCAUGACCAAGCUCGACAAGAAGAAGGCACGCGCUGUCGGUGUCUCGAACCACACCCAGGAGCACCUCCAGGCUCUGAUCGACGGUACUGGUGUCACCCCCGCUGCCAAUCAGAUCGAGCGCCACCCUCGCCUCCUUCAGACCGAUUUCAUCAAGUGGUGCGGCGAGAAGGGCAUUCAUAUUACCGAGUACUCUGCAUUCGGAAACAACAUGAUUGGUGAGCCGCUGCUCAUCCAGCACAAGACCAUUAAGGAGAUCGCCGACCGCGUCGGUGCAUCGCCCGCACAGGUCAUCCUCGCAUGGGCCCAGGUUGGCGGUCACUCCGUCAUCCCCAAGUCCGUCACCGCGAGCCGUAUCCGCGACAACUUCAAGGAGAUCGAGCUCUCCGAUGACGACUUCAAGAAAAUCGAGCAGAUUGGCAAGGAUGAGCCCCGCCGCUUCAACAUCCCCUACACAGCCAACAAGCCCAGGUGGCCUGUAAACAUCUUCAACGAGCCUGAGGAGAAGGACGCUCCCCACAAGGUCAUCGUCAAGGUGUAA